UGCAAUGUUCCGGUACACCGAAACUAGUCCGUUCAAUUAUGCAGAUUACUUUGCAAGUGCGGCACAGUUAUUGGUUGAAUAUAGAUGGAUAUUCUGCUACAACAAUACCAAGUUCAUACGAAGCGGCGUGCUGGAGCAAUUGCCCCAAGAAUGGAUAAACGAUCUGGAUACUGCGUCGAACGAAGAGUUCAAUCAAAUACCUUUGGGGUUUGUCAAGGACACGUGGUGUGAUUCUUUCAAAGAAUUUCUCUUGCAAGUGAAGAAGCUUCAAGUGCAAUAUGAUCCACAUGGUAGCGCACUGCCUAAAGAUAAUCGUCCGAAAGCGGCACGGAAAGGAAUCAAUGCGAAGAAAGCGUACGAAAUAGAUAAUUUGUGUAAUUUUAUCGAAUCGGUACAACGUCCAGCUGAAGCAACGCUGUAUAUUGAUUUCGGCAGUGGAUUAGGAUAUCUGAGCGAACUUAUACACAAACAGUGUGGUGCAAAAGUACUCGGAAUCGAAGGAAACCCAACACUGGUGGAAACGUGUAACAACCGUUUUCCUGACCCUACAAAGAAAUCAGUACAAUACUGUCAUCAUUUCAUAACAGAAACUUCUUUCACCUUUAUGCAACAUGAAUGCAGUGCUCGGUUUGGUCCGGAGCUAGCACAAAAAGCUGCUGUGGUUGGUCUGCAUGCUUGUGCCGAUCUUUCCAUAACGGCCAUCAACUGUUUCCUUCACUGUAGAUGGGCCAAAAGUCUUACGAUAAUGCCAUGCUGCUACCAUCGAAUGAAACCAAUAGACGAAACGGCACCAAACGUGUUCGUAAACUUUCCUCUCAGCCAAGAACUACGAGCCACGCUGAGCGAUGAUAGAAGCCGGAGGAUAAUUUGUCGAUCAUUCCUACGACUCGGUUGUCAGCAAACGUCAGCUCGCUGGAAGGGACGCACGGUUGAGCAGCAUCUCGAGCAUGGUCGGAUAAUGUUUCGCCGAGGACUAAUUGAUGCCGUUUUGGAACAGACAGAAUCUGUUCGAGUAGGAAAACUUAAACUGAUAUCGGAAGAAACAACAGUAGACAAUAUGUUGGAGCAAUUCCAACUUCUUAAGCAAUUGGAUAACGAUUCCCGAGAGUGUCUCUGGACGGAGCAGCACAGGGAUAGAUUGUCUGCGUUGCUGGAAAAGUAUGGAACGUUUAGCGGUCCAAAGCUGGCGGAAUAUGUCGAGUGCCUUCAAACUUGUCUGCAGUCGAUCUGCGAAAACGUGAUACUGCUCGAUCGUAUGUGCUACAUGGAAAGCAUAGCCAAACAGGUCGGAAUACAGAUACGCCGCAAUCUUGUAAAGCUACGAGAGGAUGGACUUUCACCACGAUGUUUUAUAGUUUAUGCUUCCAAAUAUUGA